CUAACAAGUUAUUAAAGCCUUCUGCUCGAUACUGUACGGGCGAUGAAGUGCGCAUGUUUCAAAUUGGUAAGGGCUACUCUAUUAUAAGCAGGUAUACAAUCUGCAAGGCCCGAUUGCACUUCUCGAAGGCAUUUUACGAGUACCAACUGCUUGAUGCACAAAAGCAGUUAUACAAGAAGGGGGAAUGGGUCCGAGAGAAAGUUCUCAAAAAAGGCGAUCUCACAAAAAAGCUCUAUAUACAUGAAGAUAUUCCAGCGGACAAUCAUCACAUUGCUAGCAUCGACAGAGUCAAGACUGAGAUUGACGAAAUACUGGACACAGAUUCUGAUGCUGGGACUGACAUUGCGAGUAUAUUUUCAGAUGGGGGAAUAUCGACCUCGUCAGCGUCGACGGCUAGCCUGAACCCAGUCCAGACCAUCGGAAUCCGGGAGGUUUCUCGAGCACUGUUGAGUCAAGAGGACUUGAAAACCUUAUACACUUUGGCGGUUCUCAACGUCGAAAGACGGAAGGCACGUGUCCAUAUUCGGGGCUUUAUCAAGGAAUAUGGUCGGAAUCUUCUGAAGGAGGCAUCGAACAGAAUUCUUGAAGUUCAAGCCGCCAAGUUUGUACAGGAGCUCGCGGGACGUAUAGCUGAUGAAAUCAUUUGGACCAUCGCCGGGUUUGAGGAAACGAACCGGUCGCCGGACCCUAGAUUGGGGAAGAAGGACCUGGAAACAUGGUUGUCGUCGCUUCAGCCUCAAAGCGUUGACGCAAAGGAGCCGAAUCCAAUAGGUCUAGCCGAAAGUGCUGACGAGACGUUUGAAGAAAGUGAAUCUGACGAGGAGCUCAAUGACGGCCUCCUGUUUCCAAAUAUUGACAAAGUCAAAGAUUUUCUCUUAGAUUCUGAGGCUUUUAGAAUUCAUGUUACGGCGAUGCGGACUUGGUUGAAAGUUGAUGGAGACCAUAGCAGAGACACCAAGAAACCAGCGGAAAAAAUGCCGGUCCACACAGACACUGAAGAAGAGACUGAGGAAGAGACUCAAGAAGAGACUGAAGAAGAGGCUGAAGUAGAGACUGAACAAACACUCGCGGACUUAGCUGCAUCUGAGCCAGGCCAACAACAGACAGAACAUGGCGUGAAACUACCUGCUGAGCUUAGAACCUACCUACAGCAGGAUAUGGCACAAGAGCCGAAAUCGAAAUCGAGAGCUCGCCAAAAUCGUGGCAGUUAUAGGGACUUGAUUUCCGGUCUCUUGGACUUCUGGGGCGUUUCUUUCUUCUUCUAUGAUCUUGUCGAAAUUCUUGUUCCUCGCGUUCGGCCGGGAUAUAGGAGACUCCGGUGGCGUUGCGUAAGUCUCGGUGUUCCCCAUUACUCCUUGAAGUUGCUAGGCUUGCUGACUGCCCAAGUCCUGCAACACCGUUCUUUGGGGAGACUUCCCCGUCGAUGACGACGACGAUCAAGCCUUGGAUCAGUUGAAGCGAGAAUUAUCGUGGUGGGGUGGGCCUUUCAGUCAACAAGCCUCUUCAG